AAUUGACGUUCCCGAAAAUUUGUGUUCUCUCAUCGUCGCUGAGUUUUGUGCUGUUUCAUCUUGCGGCUCGCGUAGAAUUUGGAGAUAUUUGAGGGAAGUCCUUGUGAAAUUGUAGGAUUUUGCAGUAAAACUACAGAAUGAGCUCCAUCGGAACUGGGUACGAUCUGUCCGCGUCACAGUUCUCGCCGGACGGCCGGGUGUUCCAGAUCGAGUACGCGGGCAAGUCGGUGGAGAACAGCGGCACGGUUAUUGGGCUGCGCGGCAAGGAUGGCGUCGUGCUCGCGGUGGAGAAGCUCAUCACCAGCAAGCUGUACGAGCCGGAGUCGGGAACGCGCAUCUUCACCAUCGAUACCUCGAUCGGAAUGGCCAUCAGCGGAAUGAUCGCCGAUGGGCGCGCCAUUGUUGACCUGGCCCGCCAGGAGGCGGCCAACUACCGGCAGCAGUACGACCGGCCGAUUCCGCUGCGCCAGCUGAACGAUCGCCUCUCGAGCUACUUCCACGCGUACACUCUGUACAGUGCGGUGCGUCCCUUCGGCGUGAGCGUCAUUCUGGCCUCCUGGACGGAGGAAACCGGCCCGGAGAUGUACAUGAUCGAUCCGUCCGGCGUUGCUUGCGGCUAUUAUGGUUGCGCCAUUGGCAAGGCCAAGCAGACGGCGAAAACGGAAAUUGAAAAGCUGAAGCUGUCGGAGAUGACGGUGAACGAGCUGAUUACCACGUCUGGAAAGAUCAUCUACCAGGUGCACGACGAGCUCAAGGACAAGGACUUCAAGCUGGAGCUGAGUUGGGUGUGUCAGGCCUCGGGCGGCAAGCACCAGAUCGUGCCGGAGGAGAUGUACACUGCAGCGACCCGGGCCGGCCAGGAAGCGGUCGACGAUGACGACAGUGAUAAUGAGAUUUAAGGCGUUUCUUUACUUCUAAUUUUGUGUUUCCCCUCGCGGGGGACGUUAAAUCAGUAAUUUCUUAUGGUAAAAUAUAAAUUCGGAAAAAAGGAA